CGCAGGGGAAGAGCAGUCGGCGAAGAAGCAGCAAAAACUACCGCUGGCCAGCCGAUCUCCAUCUCCCAGCAGCGCUCCCUCCCCCUCCUUCACCACCACCACCACCACCACCAUCAGCGUCACCAUCAGCCCACAGUUAGUAGCUGUGUGCUGGGUCUCCAGGCGAGGAGGGUCGCCCCCCCAACGCUCGGGGUAACUCAACAGGCAACUAUGGAUUAUUUUGUGCGUUUUUGUCACAAUUUUUGACUCCGUUGGACUCUCGAAGACCGCUUUUUCCGGAGACGCUGCAAGACUUCCCCAAUACGAGCAACCAGUUUACUCGCAGCCGUUAGCUUAUUAAAUACAUCGCUGCCUGAAAUCGAGCCAGUGUUACUGUUAGUGGCAGCUGGUGCCCGCGUUUGCUACUGGCAACCGUGGCAUUUCGGCGUGUCCGAGCUGAGCUGAAAUAAUCCCCGCUGGAUGUAUGGUUGUAUUAAUCUCUCCAUACGUUAAUCGUUAGUUAGCCCAUUGGCUAGCAGGUUUCAUUUUGCUAGCUAGCGUGGUAGCUAACUAGCGGACGAACCCGAAUAUCGAUAUUGCCAGCAGGCUAGAAGCGAGUUAGCUUUCGGGCGCGUGGAUUGGGCUUGGGAUCGGUCGAUUGCACCCCCUUGCUUGGACUGGAUUUGGUGCUUAACCUUCCUAAAGUGUUUGUCCACAUCUUUUCGGGCGACAUUUUUUUUUUUUUUUUUUUUUAAUGUGUGUGUGUGUGUGUGUGUGUGUGUGUGUGUGAUUGAUUGACCCGAUAAGGAGGAACAUUGCAGCCUAUACAGGAAGCCAGCCAGCAGCAACGACGGAAACAUAAACAACAGCGGUGUGUGGAUUUUAGGGAAGGCAGAUCGGGACUACUGGCUCAUCCUUAACCUGUGCUCGUGUGGUUUUUAUUCGUGCCAAAACGCGCCCGAGAGACUUGCAUUUUUGUCGCACCAGCCGAGAUAUAUUAAGGACGACGACCUAUCACCCUGCUGGUUUACAUUUCAACCUGUCGCCCAGCGUCCUCCCCGCUCAGUGUCUCGGUGACUGUCGUUCGGGACCAAGAGGACCAGCUACACGUGUUUUGUGACCGUAACGCUUGGCUUCUGUUGCCGCCGAGGCAGGGAAGGGGCCGGUCACAUUUUUCUCCGUGUGGCCGCUGAAAUCAGAACAUUUUUUUUUUUUUUUCGACCGCACGGUGUUUACGUUUUGAGGAAAAUCCCCGAAACCCAUGCCGCACUGGAGACACACCAGUCGUUUGGACACACAUUUCCAUCGAGAGGAGCAGAAAAGUCCCCGGAGACCUGUGGGAUUUGACAGCUGUUUCCAGAUCCAGCAUCUGGUGCACUGCCCAUCUCCGUGAGACUUACCACGUUAUUCUAAAGCGAGGAGUUUGAGGCGAAGUGAACAGACCGCAGCCGGAGACAACGACACGGUUCCCGUCGAUGGUCAGCCCUGCCGCCCGCCCAGCUGGCCCCUUGAUGUUGCUCGUAUCUGGUGUAGGACGUUAUUUUUUAAUUCCCUAAAACGAAACCCACCCCUAGCCCGGUUAUUCUACUGAUUUGGUCGUCCCAGGGUCGAAAGAUGGCGGACCUCGAAGCAGUGCUCGCCGAUGUCAGUUAUUUGAUGGCGAUGGAGAAGAGCAAAUCUACUCCAGCGGCGCGGGCGAGUAAGAAAAUCAUCCUUCCCGAGCCCAGUAUUCGCAGUGUGAUGCAGAAGUACCUUGAGGAAAGAGAUGAACUGACAUUUGACAAAAUUUUCAACCAGAAAAUUGGCUUCCUACUGUUCAAGGACUUCUGCAUGAAUGAGAUCGACGAGGCCGUGCCACAGCUCAAAUUCUACGAAGAAAUUAAGGACUACGAGAAACUGGACUCGGAGGAGGAGAGGUUGAGCCGCAGCCGGCAGAUUUACGACGGCUACAUCAUGAAGGAGCUCCUGUCCUGCUCACAUCCAUUCUCUAAGAAAGCAGUGGACCACGUGCAGAGUCACCUGGCGAAGAAACAGGUUCCCCCAACUCUCUUUCAGCCAUACAUAGUGGAGAUCUGUGACAGCUUGAGAGGAAAGAUCUUCCAGAAGUUCAUUGAGAGUGAUAAAUUUACUCGUUUUUGCCAGUGGAAGAACGUGGAGCUCAACAUCCAUCUGACCAUGAAUGACUUCAGCGUGCAUCGGAUCAUCGGCAGAGGCGGCUUCGGAGAGGUGUACGGCUGCAGGAAGGCCGACACAGGGAAGAUGUAUGCCAUGAAGUGUUUGGACAAGAAGAGGAUCAAGAUGAAGCAGGGGGAGACUCUAGCGCUCAAUGAGAGAAUCAUGCUGUCAUUAGUCAGCACAGGGGACUGUCCAUUCAUUGUGUGCAUGACGUACGCUUUCCACACCCCCGACAAGCUCUGCUUUAUCCUGGACCUCAUGAACGGAGGCGACCUGCACUACCACCUGUCUCAGCACGGCGUGUUCAGCGAGAAAGAGAUGCGUUUCUAUGCGGCUGAAAUCAUCCUGGGUCUGGAACACAUGCACAACCGCUUCGUUGUCUACAGAGACCUCAAGCCAGCUAAUAUCCUGUUGGAUGAACACGGUCAUGUUCGGAUCUCCGACCUCGGCCUGGCCUGCGACUUCUCCAAGAAGAAACCCCACGCCAGUGUCGGUACUCAUGGUUACAUGGCUCCAGAGGUUCUUCAGAAGGGGACGGCGUACGACAGCAGCGCCGACUGGUUCUCCUUAGGCUGCAUGCUCUUCAAACUCCUCAGAGGGCACAGUCCCUUCAGACAGCACAAGACCAAAGACAAACACGAGAUUGACCGCAUGACGCUCACCAUGAAUGUGGAGCUGCCAGACUCUUUCACUGCAGAGCUCAAAGAUCUGCUGGAGGGGCUGCUGCAGAGAGAUGUGUCCAAGAGGCUGGGCUGCCAGGGCCGAGGAGCCCAAGAGGUGAAGGAGCAUCAGUUUUUCAAAGGCAUUGACUGGCAGCAGGUGUACCUCCAGAAGUACUCUCCUCCUCUAAUCCCCCCCAGGGGAGAGGUGAACGCUGCAGAUGCUUUUGACAUAGGCUCUUUUGAUGAGGAGGACACCAAAGGCAUCAAGUUACUGGACAGUGACCAGGAGCUGUACAAGAACUUUCCUCUGGUCAUAUCAGAGCGCUGGCAGCAGGAGGUGGCCGAGACGGUCUACGAGGCGGUCAACUCGGACACGGACAAGAGCGAGGCUCGCAAGAGGGCCAAGAACAAGCAGCUGGGCCACGAGGAGGACUACGCCCUGGGUAAGGACUGUAUAAUGCACGGCUACAUGUUGAAGCUGGGGAACCCGUUCCUGACUCAGUGGCAGCGUCGAUACUUCUAUCUCUUCCCCAACCGUGUGGAGUGGAGGGGAGAGGGCGAGUCCCGGCAAAACCUGCUGACGAUGGAGCAGAUCGUGACGGUGGAGGAAACGCAGAUUAAAGACAAGAAAUGUAUUCUGCUGCGCAUCAAAGGAGGGAAGCAGUUUGUGCUGCAGUGUGAGAGUGAUCCAGAGUUCGUGCAGUGGAAGAAAGAGCUGACCGAAGCGUUCACAGAGGCCCAGAAGCUGCUGCGUCGCGCCCCCAAGGUCAUCGGCAAAGGGCGGGCCGGAGUGGUGGAGCUCUCCAAACCCCCCCUCACACACCGCAAUAGCAAUGGCCUGUGAAUACACACACAUAUAUAAGUACACAAUGCACACACACACACACACGUUGACACACGCGCACACACACACACACAGACACACAUACGCACGCACACACACACACACACACUGCAUCCCACCUCCGCCCUCCUCAUCGGCCGCAGGACGUUUGCCCUGAUACCUUCCCACCACCCGCCCACAAGGCCCUCACAGUGUGUGUACGGACCGUGCCCACAAGCCUCUUAUUGAACACACACACACACUUACGACAUGACGACCAAUCAUAAGCACGUAAUAGUUUUUUGUUUUUGUUUUCCUGCCAUGGGACCCAGCCAGUCAGCGAGACGAAGACAGGACGACGAAGCGGGGAGAGAAACAUCCGGGAGGACUCAGCAUGUGAAGAACCUCUGCGUGAAUGUGACGAGGACUAACGCUCAGUCCUCUCUCGUUCUCGUCCUUCUCUUUUUCACUGUCCUCCCUGUUUCCUCUCUCCUCCCGUCCCCCCCACCACCUUAAUCGGUUUGAAUCAGGUGAAUGUGGAACCAGGACCCGCAGUAGCCUGACAGACUCCUCCAAAAACCCCACAGAGCUAAAGAUCUGACUUGUGUUGGCCAGAUAAGAGGCACUGCUCUCGCCGCUCGCUCUCUCUGAGGCGACGCAGAUGAGGCCGAGCGUUAGCGGGGAAUGUCAUUCUGUGAGAGGAAAAGAAAAAGGCUGCUCGGCUGGUUCCUCUCAGCCCUCCCUCUAACCAUUCCUCCCUCUGUUACUGAAGUGCGUAAGUGCCAACAUCAAUAUUUACUUGAGUCACCUGAGCACCCGGGAGGAAAUGCUUCGGUGGCCGAUAUCGCGCCCCCGAUACGCAGAGGCGGUGGGGUGGGGGCGGCUGAUCAUUCCAAUGCAGAGAACCGGAAGUGCGAGGACCACGGACUCUUUCAGAUUGGCUCUUGUACAGCCAGUUACCAUAGAGACUGAGAUUUCAUUGGCCGAAAAAACAGCAGCCGGUUGCUAUGGGAACCAUGAAGACUGGUAUACCUGGGGAUUGGUAACCACGGACAACGGUGUAACUAUUGUGUAUGAAGGCUACACUUGCAGAAAAAGAAGAGAUAGCAGAGCGAGGACGGGGGGGGGGGCGAGGAAGUGACUCUCAGUGUAUAUAAGGAACCCUUUCUCUGUGCAUCUCCAGUGUUUAAGUCUAACGUGUUUGCAUUAUCGGGGACUUCUCUGUCUGCCUGUUUGUAAAUCUGUCCUGGCUUUCGGGGAAGGGAAG